UCUAAUUUGUAUGAAAACUUUAAAAAAAUAUGUAUCGUACGUAAACCGUGAAUCUCCGCUAUUUGAAAAUUUGUAAUAAAAAUUCUAUUUGUACGUACUCAAAAAAAAAAAUGAACUUCCAAAUCGAUGGACCAUAAUGGAAGUUUUAUCUUUUUAAAUUCUUGACUUAUGUUUUGUUGUUAAAAUGCGUAAAUAUACUCGUCGAAAGCCAGAAAGCGAACUGAUAGUAGACGCUCUCGACUUAUGUAGAUUGUGCCUUCAGAAACCUCAGGAGGCCAUUCCCAUUUUCGAAGGCACCAACAAUAUUUGUGGAACACUGUCCCUGAGAAUCAUGAUGUGUGUAGGCCUUGAGUUAACACACGAGAAUUGUCUACCAAAUGUAAUUUGUACUGGCUGCUUUGAAGAACUAAAUAGAUGUUAUACAUUCAGAAAAAAAUGUGAAGUCUCAUAUCAAAAACUCAAAUCACAUUUACAAGCGGUCAAAGAAAAGGAAUGUUUAAACCAGACAAUGCAGCAAGCUGUUAAAGAUGAUGUGAAUUUAAAUAAAAAUGUAAUUAAUAAUCAUAUAAAUAAAGAUAAUGGAUAUGCUGUGUUAAGUCAUGAUCAGUUAACAUCAGACUUGCAAAUAUGCAAUGGGGUUAUCGAAGUGAAUAGUGAUGCUACUAUGAAUGAGCAAAGUAUAUUUCAAGAUGGAAAACGUUUUGGUGAAACAGACGAUGUAUUGCAGGAAGCAAGAGAUACAGAGAUCACACCAGAUAUAUCAUCAUUCUUAUCAACAUUACUAGUACAAGUUGGAGUGCUAUCCCAGCAAGAUGAUAUGUAUGUAUUUAUGGACUCGAGUAUAAACAAUUUGCAGCUGUCCACGGGCGAUGGAAAGACUGUAUCGUUAGAACUAGUAGAAGAAUAUGAGGAAGAAAAGGAACCUGUUAAAGAAACAGAUCCCGUGUUAAAUGAAGAAAACACAAAUGUUAUUACUUCGACUGAUACAGCGAACGUUAGCCAACCUUUGAAUCAAAAACUACCAAGCAGCGAGAAUCAGAGCAAAGGACAGGGCGCGUGGUGCGGCGCGUGCGGCAAGCGGCUGUCGUCCCGCGGCGCGCUGCGGCGACACGCGCACGUGCACACGGUGGAGCGGCCGCACGCCUGCUCCGUGUGCGGCCGGACCUUCGCGCAACGCUCCGUGCUUCAGAGACACAAACUAGUACAUCUAGAGCAGCGCCCGUUCCAGUGCGAGUGGUGCGCCAAGAGCUUCACGCAGCGCUCGGCCCUGGCGGCGCACCGGCGCGCGCACGAGCCGCCCCACGCGCGCGCCCUGCACCUGCACCGCUGCGCGCACUGCACCAAGCUCUUCCUGCACUCCUCCAGCCUGAGUCGGCACAUGCUGACGCACAGCGGCCGCGUGUACGAGUGCGGCGGCUGCGGCCGACAGUUCAACGACAAGAGCUCCCUGCUGCGGCACCUCAAGACCGCCAGCCACCGAGACCAGCCCGCCGCGACGUAGGCAGGGCGUGACGCCGGCGGGGCGUGACGCUUGCGUGGCGUGACGCCGGCGGUGCGUGACGUUUGCGGGGCGUGACGCCGGCGGAUCGUGAUGCUGUAGGGGCGUGACACUUGCAGGGCAUGACGCUUGCGGGUCGUGACGCUGGCGUGUCGCUGACGGGGCGUGACGUCGGCGGGGCGUGACGCCUGCGGGGAAUGACGCUGGCGUAUCGCUAGUGGGGCGUGGAGUCGGCGGGGCGUGACGCUCAUGUCGGAGUUGUCAUGUAGGGCUUUAUUGAACGUUCGUUUAAGAGAUUAGUUUCCUAACGUUCUCGGAUGAUCAAGACAAUGUGCAAUUUCAAGACGCUAUAGCUGAAGAAUCUAUACAGAAUUGUGUUCCUGAAGCUGACUAGUUAAAUAAAUAUAUUUGUUAUCGUAUGUGGCCGUCAUGACUAACUAUCACACGGUGCGAUUUACAUUUUCCAACUUUACAUAAUACUUUACAUUUUUCUACAAAUUUCCUCUUCAGCUUAUAUUUUAUUUCUUUACUAAAUCUUAAAACAAGUACAUAACAAUUAAAUUACAAAAUAUGUAAUAUAAAUACGAAAUAUAUAGUCUUUGAUUGUUUCUCUAUCAAUCUCUAGUACGUCAAGCAUGAUAAUCUAUCGAAUUCGUAAUGUAAAUGUAUCGAGUCCUCGAUACGAAAACGGAUCAUUACAUUAGAUCAAUAGUUCCCAGACUUAUUUUGUCUAUUGCCUACUUUGAGAAUAAAUUAUUUUUUAACACCCCCAUUUUUUCAACUUAACUUAAAAACCACUAUAGCGAGAGCUCAGUCUGUGCCUUAGAGUCCUCCUAGAAAAUUACAAAUCGCCUUCCAAGCCUACACAACGCCCCCAUUUUUUUCUGGGUCUCUUAGCGCCCCCCUUUAGGCCUGCAGCGCCCACAAGGGGGCGCUAUCGCCCACUUUGGGAAAAGCUGCAUUAGAUGGUAGUACUCGAUAGCCAGCUAUCCUUCGAGAUUUACGUUACCGUAUGUCAAAACAAUUUUUGUGGUCUCGAUUACAAGUUUCGAGUUUCGAGAACGUGAUCAUGUGAUUGCGAAACGAAAAUAAGUAAAUUAAUUCGUGCUACUGAAUUUAAUUAUAUUUACGGCCGGUAGGGGCGCUUUUUAAAUCCUAUACAUUUUUUCUCGAUACGAAUACUUUUUCGAUAGUCAUUCGUGCUCGCCCCUCAAGUCUAUUAGAGUAUUAUGUACAGUAAAUGAAGAACUCAGGGGUCGGUAACCGUGUGCUCUGUCGGCACAGAUAAUGCCAACAACUUCACUGCCACUAGUGGUUGGUCGAUAUCGAUAGUUGGAUAUAUCGACACUUUGAUAUACCGUUAUCGAAACAUAGGCUUUAAAAGUACAAGAUGGUUUUUGAAUUUUGUUAUUUUAAUAGGAAUAGCUAACAACUAGCCAAUUUUGUAUUUAAUUCCCCUUGAAAUACACAAUUAAAUCAAAUCGAGUAAUGGAAAUGAUUCAAAUCUGUUAAACAAAAGAAAAUCUAACAAUGAUUGAUUAAUGAUUGCUGGUAGCAAUUGGUGUUUUUAUUUAUUUGUUGCAUAGAUUGGUGGACGAGCUCACAGCCCAGCUGGUGUUAAGUGGUUACCGAAGCCCAUAGACAUCUACAAGGUAA